AUGGACGAUUUCACUGCUGAGCUCCUGGCCUCCGGGCAGGACUUCGACUCCCCCAGGACCCCCGAGCGGUCCCGCGACAUUGACGAGUCGCCGAGAUCCGACCCCGAUCCGGAUCGUCCGGUUACGCCGCCGCACAGAACCGGUUUGCGCGGCGGGAUUGCUGCCAUCAGGGAGAAGGCAAGCUUGCAGGACCGUCUGGUAGAGAAACUCCUCCAGCAAGUCGUGCCAGCCGACGAUGAUGGCUCCCUCGAUGGCUCAGUCGCCGGUGACGACUGGCCGCCGUCUACCAAUGCUGAGCGGCCCAACUUCAACAUCACUACCAUGUCCUACAACUUCCGCCGCUUCAACGCCCGCAUCGGCGUCGUCUUCAAGUUCCAGGCCCGCGUCGAGCGCAUCCUCUCCUGGCACCGAGUCUCGCACACUCUCUCCCUCCUUGCAGUCUACACCUUCGUCUGCCUCGAUCCGUACCUCCUCUGCGUCCUUCCCAUAGCGGUCCUCCUCCUCGGCGUCUUCAUCCCCGCAUUCCUGGCCCGGCACCCCGCACCGCCCAAGGGCACCUUGUCCAGCCAUCAAAAUGUGGGAUACUCCCCUCGCGGACCGCCGCUGGCGCCUGCAGCGACGGUGCGCCCUGUCAAGGAGCUCAGCAAGGACUUCUUUCGUAAUAUGCGCGACCUGCAGAACUGUAUGGACGACUUCAGUCAGGGACAUGACAAGGUGGUUGCACUGAUGGUGCCCGUGACCAACUUCAGCGACGAGUCUCUGAGCUCCGCCCUGUUCCUGUUCCUCUCAGCUGGGGCUCUCUUCAUGACCAUUGCCGCGCAUCUGCUCCCUUGGAGACUUCUCUUCCUUCUGGGCGGCUGGGCUGUCGUCGGUAUGGGGCACCCGACGAUCGCGCGCCUGCUCUCUAUCGCACACAAGGAACGUCUACAGCCACAAGAAGCCAAGGCCAAGACGUGGCUCGACAACUGGAUUGCGAAGGAUGUUAUCCUAGACUCGAGUCCAGAGACGCGCGAAGUUGAGAUCUUUGAGCUGCAGCGCAUGUCUGGCGCCGGCGAGUGGGAGCCCUGGCUAUUCUCGCCCUCGCCAUAUGACCCCCUCUCCCAGCGUCGCAUCUCCGGGGACCGGCCCCGGGGCACCCGCUUCUUUGAGGACGUCCUGGCCCCCGAGGCCUGGGAGUGGAGCGAGAAGAAAUGGGCGCUCGACCUCUGGAGCCGUGAGUGGGUGGAAGAGCGCAUCAUCACGGGUGUCGAGGUAGAGACCGAGGGAGAACGCUGGGUCUACGACAUCUUUGACGAACGUCAUGACCGCACAGGCGUCAUCGACGCUGCCGCCGACAAGGGGAAGCUGCGGGCUUAUGCCUCGCGGCCGAGCUGGGAGGAGGGUGAGGAUGGAAGUGGCAGAAGAGGAGAUUGGAGACGGCGGAGAUGGGUGCGGCUUGUGAAGCGUAGGGUGACAGAACCGUUAAUAAACUGA